CUUGGUGACAAUCUUGAUGCUAUGUGCUUCCAGUUUUGGAAGAAUAGUAAUGACAGGUCUGGCAUUUGCAUUUUGAAACGGCACCACCUUCAGCUGGUAAUGUCCGUGCCAAUAUUUUUCUUCCUUAUACCCACAAGUGGCUUGUACUGAAGCAGAAGCCUUGGCUGGUGGCUCCACCCAGUUCAACUUUUCAACACGGCUUAACUACAUUUUCUGCCAGCUGCAGAGGAACCAUGCACACCACUGACUCUGGGAAGAAGUGGGUCUAUGCUUCUAUCAAAGCAGUGUAGGCAUUUCUGCUUCCCAUUGGAGACAGUCAUUCAGCAUCAAUGGCCUUUCAGGAUCUCUUGAAUCAAGUUGGAAGUAUGGGGAGAUACCAGAUCCUUCAGAUGGCUUUCCUUCUGAUUUGCAAUGUCAUGGUGACUCCUCAUACUGUUUUGGAGAACUUUACUGCAGCCAUCCCUGGUCAUCGAUGCUGGGUCCAUAUUCUUGACAAUGACACUGUCUCUGACAGUGACAGUGGAACCCUGAGCCAAGAUGACCUCCUGAGGAUCUCCAUCCCACUGGACUCCAACCUGAGGCCAGACAAGUGCCGUCGCUUUGUCCAACCACAGUGGCAUCUGCUUCAUCUGAAUGGCACCUUCUCCAAUGUGACAGAGCCAGACACAGAGCCCUGUGUGGAUGGUUGGGUAUAUGAACAAAGCACCUUCCUCUCCACCACUGUGACUGAGUGGGACCUGGUGUGUGGAUCUCAGGUACUGGGUUCAGUGGCUAAAUUCGUAUUCGUGAUUGGAAUUUUGGUAGGAAAUUUCCUAGGUGGCCAUUUAUCAGACAGGUUUGGGAGGAGGUUAAUCCUCACAUGUGCUUUACUUCCAAUGGCCAUCACUGGGACCUGUGCAGCUUUGGCUCCCACCUUCUUCAUCUACUGCUUACUUCACUUCCUGAAAGGGGCUUGUGUCCCAAUCAUAUACACGAAUAGUGUUUUGCUCAUGAUAGAAUGGACAAGCCCUAAAUUCAAAGCCUUGGUGACAAUCUUGAUGCUAUGUGCUACCAGUUUUGGAAACAUAGUAAUGACAGGCCUGGCAUUUGUAUUUCGAAACUGGCACCACCUCCAGCUUGUAAUGUCCGUGCCAAUAUUUUUCUUCCUUAUACCCACAAGGUGGCUGUCAGAGUCAGCUAGGUGGCUAAUUGUGAACAACAAACCCCAGAAGGGUUUACAGGAACUUAGAAGAGUUGCAUGCAAGAAUGGAGUGAAGAAUUCUGGAGAUACCCUUACCAUGGAGGUUGUGAGAACCACCAUGAGGGAAGAGCUGGAGGCAACACAAACAAAACCUUCUCUGCGUGACUUAUUCCGCACCCCCAACUUGCGAAAGCGUGUGUUUCUCCUGUGCCUUUUGAGAUUUACAACAGCAAUUCCUAUAUUUGGCUUCAGCAUCCAUCUCCAACACCUGAAGAGUAAUGUCUUCCUAAUGCAAUGUCUCUCUGCUGUAAUGUCCAUCCCAGCCUGUGUUGCUGCGGUGUUUUUACUGAACCACAUUGGCCGUAGAAUAAGUCAACUAUUCCUCUGUUUCCUAUUUGGAAUCACCAUCCUGGCUACAGUGUUUGUUCCUGAAGAGUGGUCUAGGCAGCAGGACUGCCAGGCUGAAGCUGGUGGUGUUAUGUGGAUGUGGGCAAGGAGCACAGUUCCCAGGCAGUACUCAAGUUUUGCUGAAGCUCGGGACUGUGGUAUGUUUUAAAACUCUGCACAACUCUUGAGUGUCAGCAGCAACUCCCUUAUUCUUGAAUCUUGAAACACCAUUUCAAAUCGAACUGAUUCCAGCUUGCCCACGUCUCUCCUUCCAUGACACUCUUCUAUCAUAUUGAAAUAGAAAAUGAAUAAAUAUCUCAUGUGCAUAUUUGGAGUCACCCAAAUUGCAAGUGCCAGGAUUCUGCAACUUCUAUUCAUCUAAUUUGUAUUAUGUUUUUAUAACAUUUACUUUUGUUUCUGACAUUCAUGCAGGUUUAGAUAGAAUGUAAUAUGGUCGGAUUCAUCCUCCCUCAUUCUUAUCCAUGGCACAUUCCUGCUGAAUAUUCAAAUGAGUACACAGUCCUCUGUAAUUUCUCCAUGACAGCCCUACAUUCUGUAGGAAGGAGAGUGAGAUGCUGGGUAGAAAACAGGGAAGUAGAUGAGUAUCUCCUUGAUUCAUCAAGCUCUCUACUUCUGAAAUGUGUCAGAGAUACCAGGUAUAGGAUUACAAUGAACCACAGUGUUGAUUCUCCAUAAACCAGUACUUGCAGAUAGGUCACCUUCCUUAAAUUAUUACCCAC